GGGAGAAAUUGAAUGAGGGGGGACGGAGCGACCAUGAGAGGAGCCUUCACACUAAACUUGGUGGAAGGAAAGACUGAGUUCUGCUCCUUCUUUCUAAGCAUGGCAGCUUAAAGUUCCUGCAGACGGAGACACGGAGGCGCAAACGCGUGGAAAGAUGGAUAGUUUAAGGAGCAGGACGUGCACGAGGACGCAACUGUUUCUUUUAAUGCUGUUGCACUUCAGCACGACGCAGGCUGUGGACCCCGUCGAUGUUCUGCGAGCGCUGGAGCUGUCAGAGGUUAUGGAGGGUGUGUCCUUGGAGGCUGGUCUCUGCAGAAGCAGGAUUGGUGUGGAAGAGGCGGACCUGGCCUACAGGAUAGACAAAAAGAUCCAACUUAGUGCUCCGACCAAGCAGCUCUUCCCUGAUUCACAUUUUCCUGAGGAUUUCUCUUUGAUGACGACAGUGCGUGCCAAGAAGGAUUCCCAGGUCUUCCUGCUGUCAAUCUAUAAUGACCAAGGGGUGCAGCAGCUUGGGCUUGAGGUGGGAUGGUCUCCUGUCUUCCUGUAUGAGGACCAGCAGGGAAACCCCACACCAGAAAUGUACCCCAUUUUCAACAAGAUCAACCUGGCAGAUGGAAACUGGCACAGGAUCGCUUACAGUGUACAUGGCAAGUCUGUGACGCUCUAUUUGGACUGCCAGAGGACACAAACCCUGGAUCUGUUGCGAGGGGAUAACGCGGUGAUCAGCACAGAUGGUGUCAUCGUGUUUGGAACACGGCUGCUGGACGAGGAAGUGUUUGAGGGAGAUAUCCAGCAGCUACUGAUUCUGGAGGACCCCCAGGCAGCAGCUAACUACUGUGUAAACUACAUACCAGACUGCGACUCUGCUUUGGCCUACAACAGUUAUGACGUGAACCACAAAGAGAGCUUCCAACUUCCUUCUGACACCGUGAUCCAAACGGAGGAGCCAGAUGAACCAAAGAGCAGCUCCAGUAAGGAUAAGAAAGGCAAUAAAAACAAAAAGAGGGAACGGGGCUCCAAAGGCAAAGGCAAAGGCAAAGGCAAAGGCAAGAAGGGCUCCAGGAAGAAGAAACCAGAAGAGGAGAAUCUGGAGGAUGAAUUCCUCGGGGUGUCCUCCACGCCGGAUCAGUAUCUAUCCAAAGACCAUUUACUGUCCACAGACCUUACUGCAAUGAAGAGCAGACAAACAUCAGCUGUUCCCAUUGAGGUUUUCGACAAAGUCCUUAUGGAGACACCCACGCAUGGACCUGACUCCACAACUGAGGCCCUCACUGUGACGUCCAGUGCGUCGACUGGUUUGAAGGUUACCGAGGAGGAGGACGCGCCGGUGCAACAGCCGGUGGAGGAGUACGGAGCGGAAGUUUACGCCGAUCUUUAUGCUGAUCUCUCAGUUUCUACAGUAACAGUCGGACCAAAUGUUUCUGACUAUGAGAUGCUCCAGUACGAUGAGAAAAAUGACACAAAUUUUGAGUAUGAGGAGUACGAAACAUAUGAGGAUGACUUUGGGUUUGCCGAACGAGAAGGAGCACAGACGUGGCACAGGGAGGUCGGCGUCAGAGCAGAGAAAGGCCAGAAGGGAGAGCCGGCUGUUAUCGAACCGGGUAUGUUAGUGUCAGGGCCUCCAGGUCUGCCGGGACCAGAGGGUUCUGCUGGCCCACCUGGACCGAUGGGCCCUCCGGGGCCCAGAGGAGAUCCUGGUGAAUUGGGUCCUCCAGGACGUCCAGGUCUUGCAGGGGUUGAUGGGAUACCGGGUCCUCCAGGCACACUUUUGAUGCUACCGUUCCAGAGUGAAAGGGAUUCCCUGAAAGGUCCUGUGGUGUCUCCACAAGAGUCUCAGGCGCACGCGAUCCUGCAGCAGGCGAAGCUGUCACUGACGGGGCCUUCAGGUCCAAUGGGUCUUGCAGGGCGAGCGGGCCCAGUGGGUGUUCCAGGCACCAGUGGAUUAAAAGGGGACAGAGGCGAGACGGGCCCUCCUGGCCCGCGGGGGUUACCCGGCCCUGCUGGAAUUAACGGAAAGCCUGGGAAGAGGGGCCAUGCAGGAAUGGACGGAGGUCGAGGAGCUCCAGGUGAUACUGGCCCUAAGGGUGACAGGGGCUUUGACGGCCUGCCAGGUCUCUCAGGAAACAAGGGGGACAAAGGGGACAGAGGGAAGCCCGGUGUUCACGGGCCUCACGGACAGCCUGGAGAAAAGGGACCUGUAGGACCACAAGGUCCAAGAGGGCAACCAGGAGAACCUGGUCCUCGGGGUCUCGUUGGGCCGAGGGGGCCACAUGGCCCACCUGGACAAACGGGCAUUCGAGGAAGUGAUGGAGAACAAGGGCCAAAGGGCAACAUGGGUUUACUUGGAGAAAUAGGGCCCCCAGGCCAACAGGGAAAUCCAGGAGCACAGGGCUUGUCUGGACCUCAGGGUCCCAUUGGAUUGCCAGGAGAGAAGGGUCCUCAGGGAAAACAAGGCAUGGAGGGACUGCCUGGUAUUGACGGGCCACCUGGCCACCCGGGAAGAGAGGGCCUCGCAGGAGAGAAAGGUGACCAGGGUUUACCCGGGGCACCAGGGCCUGUUGGAUACCCAGGGACCCGCGGAGUUAAGGGUGCAGAUGGAGUUCGAGGACUCAAAGGCAGCAAAGGGGAGAAGGGUGAAGAUGGAUUUCCAGGGUUCAAAGGUGACAUGGGUGCCAAGGGAGACUGGGGUGAUAAUGGACCUCCAGGUCCCCGUGGAGAGGAUGGGCAAGAGGGAUUAAAAGGCCAAGCAGGACUCAUGGGAGAACCUGGAGGCCUUGGGAUAGCCGGUGAGAAGGGUAACCUUGGUGUGCCUGGAUUGCCAGGAUACCUGGGAAGACAAGGGCCAAAGGGUUCACUCGGCUUUCCAGGUCUGGCCGGCGUCCCUGGAGAGAAAGGACGAAGGGGUCCAGCUGGUCAGCCGGGACCCAGUGGUCAGAGAGGCAUGAAUGGACCCAAAGGUGGGAGAGGAGCAAAGGGGCCAACAGGAAAGCCUGGAGAAAAGGGUUCUGCUGGACAAGAAGGACCUCAGGGCUCCCAUGGAGAACAGGGGCCGAGGGGGCCACAGGGAAGAAAUGGUGAACCAGGACCUAAAGGGCCUAAUGGUCCAACUGGAAAAGAUGGAUUACCAGGUCAUCCUGGCCAGCGAGGGGAACCAGGCUUCCAAGGAAAGACCGGACCUCCUGGGCCUCCGGGUGUCGUUGGACCACAGGGCAAAUCUGGCGAGACUGGUCCACCUGGAGAUCGAGGCCACCCAGGCUCACCAGGACCACCUGGAGAGCAUGGUUUACCUGGAACGACUGGAAAGGAGGGUUCCAAGGGAGACCUGGGUCCACCAGGUGCUCCUGGGAAGAGUGGUCCUUCUGGGCUGCAAGGCUUCAGAGGCAGUCGAGGCACUCCUGGUCCGACGGGUCCUGCGGGUCUAAAGGGAGGUGAGGGCCUACGUGGUGUUGCAGGACUGAUUGGUGCCACUGGAGAGAGGGGUCCUGCAGGGCCGGCUGGUGGUAUUGGUCAGCCUGGACGAGCUGGUGUCGCCGGCCCUCCUGGGCCAAUGGGAGAAAAGGGCGAGCCGGGGGAUAAGGGCCCUACAGGGCCGGCUGGGAAUGAUGGGGAACCAGGAUCUAUAGGGUUGCCAGGUCCUGCAGGACCUCCUGGGCCUCCAGGAGAGGAUGGAGACAAGGGAGAGACAGGGGGGACGGGGCAGAAGGGCAGCAAAGGAGACAAAGGAGAAGCUGGACCCCCAGGACCUGUGGGACGUCAAGGACCUGUGGGCCCGCCAGGACAGCCAGGUGCAGAUGGUGACCCAGGGCCACGUGGACAGCAGGGCAUGCAUGGGCCCAAAGGAGAUGAAGGUUUGAGGGGUUUCAAAGGUGGUGAAGGGCCCACUGGACUCCAGGGAAUGCCUGGACUACCUGGAGAGAAAGGGGAGAGUGGUCACGUUGGAUCACUGGGCCCUCCAGGACAGCAUGGUCCACGAGGCCCCCCGGGACCCACUGGUGCAGAGGGCUUUCCUGGAAUGCCUGGUGGAGUCGGUCAGCCUGGACCUGUUGGAGAGAAGGGUGAGGAUGGAGAAGCUGGAGACCCGGGGCCUGCUGGAAAGACCGGUGUCACUGGCGUUAAAGGCGAUGUUGGCGAGAAAGGUGACUCGGGACCUGCUGGUGCAUCAGGUCCUACAGGAGUCCGAGGAACACCGGGCGAUGAUGGACCCAAAGGCAGCCUUGGGCCCAUUGGAUUCCCUGGAGAUGCAGGACCCCCUGGAGAACAUGGUAUCAAUGGGGAAGAUGGUCAACCAGGGCCUAAAGGAGAUAUUGGUGAACCUGGCAAAGCUGGGCCACCGGGAGCUUCUGGGGAACCAGGCCCCACAGGCCCCCCUGGGCGAAGGGGGCACACGGGAGCUGCAGGAAAGGAAGGGAAAGAAGGAAUAAAGGGAGCCAAGGGAACUACAGGUACACAUGGCCCGCCCGGAAAGACAGGCCCAACGGGACCUCAAGGACAGCCAGGGAAGCCUGGUCCAGAAGGUCUACCAGGCAUCCCGGGCCCCGCGGGAGAGCAAGGGUUAAAUGGACCACCAGGACAAUCUGGACCACCAGGGCCAUUGGGUCCACCAGGACUUCCAGGACUAAAAGGAGACCCGGGAUAUAAGGGCGAUAAAGGUCAUGGUGGUUUGCUAGGUUUAAUUGGCCCAACAGGAGAACCUGGGGAGAAGGGAGACCAAGGUCUCCCAGGAAGCCAGGGUUUGCAAGGAACUAAAGGAGACGAGGGUGUGGCUGGCUCUCCUGGUCCAAGAGGCCCACCGGGACCACCUGGACUGACGGGUGCAGUUGGUGAGAAAGGAUCCAAGGGAGACCCAGGUAUCAUUGGUCCCAAAGGAGAUCCAGGUCCCGCUGGCCCCCCUGGACCACCAGGACUUCCUGCAACAUUCAUCCAGCCACUGCCCAUCAGAGAGGGCAGGAGGAAGAGGAGGGGGCACUCUGAUAGGGAUGAAGAAGCAGCACCAACCAGGGAGCAAGAUUUGGAACUGGACAUGGAAGAGUUUGGUCAGGCAGACCAACCUCUAGAAGAUCCAGAAGGAAUGGAAGAAGUCUUUGCUUCACUUAUUUCAAUGAAAACUGAGGUGGAGCUGAUGAGGAGGCCACUGGGAACCUUUGAGAGCCCUGCACGCACCUGCAAAGAGCUCCUGAUGGUCCAGCCUGACUACAAAGAUGGAGACUACUGGAUUGAUCCUAACCAAGGUUGUAACCGGGACUCCAUCAAAGUCUACUGUAACUUCACUGCUGACGGAGAGACCUGUCUCUACCCAGACAGCAGGAUUGAGAUGGUGAAAUUAGCAGCAUGGAGCAAAGAGAAGCCUGGCAGCUGGUUCAGCCAGUACAGGAAAGGGAAGCAGUUCUCCUACAAUGACAGGGAUGGGAACCCUGUGCACGUGGUACAGCUGACCUUUCUGAAACUUCUCAGUGCCACGGCCAAGCAGAGCUUCACCUACACCUGCCAAAACUCUGCAGGUUGGUUUGACAACACGUCAAACUCCUACCAACACGCCCUGCGCUUCAGAGGCAGCAAUGACGAGGAGCUGACACAAGCCAAAAGCCCCUUCAUUACAGCAGUGCACGAUGGAUGCCAGUCACGGAGCGGUCAGGAAAGGACUGUCCUAGAAAUCGAGCCCCCUUCAGCGGAGUUGCUUCCUCUCAUAGAUGUGGCUCCAGUAGACUUUGGCAACAACAACCAAAAGUUUGGAUUCCAAGUUGGACGUGUGUGCUUCAACGGUUAACAUUGAGCCAAAUACAAACAAAGACCUGUGACAUCAAGGUUUUUUUUAAACCAAAAAAAAUUGACUUUUUUAUCACUGCCCAAACUGAUAUUUAUUAUAUUCCUGUAUGUGGUGGGUUUGUGGUCUUUUAAAACUCUUCAGCAGCCAAUUAAAUUGAUUCUAUGACUUUAAAACCAUAAGAGGAAUAACCAAAAGGAAAUAUUCCAGUUUGAUAUAUUUAAUUUGAAGAAGGUUUGCUUCCUUUUCUUCCUGCUCCAGCGUGCUGUUCUACAAGUAUGAAGAGCAUACCACUUAAACAUACCAGAUGGUUCAGGAAUGGAGUCUGUCAUCAAUCAGCUGAGUGCAACUUGCCUGAAAAGUAUUUGCAACCUCAUUUAACAAGGUCAUUUAUCGUGGCUCAGGCCAAAAACAGAGAGAUGGAGAGAAAAAAGAAACUGUCUGUCUUUCUCAUUUUGCAUGCUCCAGUUUCACUAUAAUGACAACUGCAUUGGAAACUAGUGUAGCACAUUAAUUCCACACAAGCACCAAAAUUAAUUUCCUGUGUCCAGGAGUGAUAAAUUGUCCUUUUUACCCUUCAACUGUAGUUUGCUCAGUGAAUUAACUUGAUUGCUAUUCAACAGACAUAGCUACUUAUUGAACGCUACACUUACUUGAAGGGAUAAGGCUGUUUUCUUUAUUGGAGUGCUUCCCUCCACAGGCUUGAUAAUAGGCUUUUGCAGCCCAGUGUUUCCACAGGCGGGUGCUCUUAAGUGUCUACUGCGAUAUAUACUGUACCUG